CCAUGGUGAUGAUGGACCAGGCCGGCAUCACCAAGUUGAAGAGCCCUGACGGCUGCGACACGUGGAUAUCGAUGUACGACAAAGAAAAUUCAGCCAAUUACCACACACACUUUAUUUCAACGCCUUCUAUUUCUGCAAGGUUGCAGGAUAUCCGUCUCUCAAAUGGAGAUGCUGAAGACCGCCUCUUAUUUAUAUAUACUAUCCAUGCACCGAAGGUGUAUUUCGCGUGUUAAACAAUCCCUAGGACGAGCGAUCACUCAAAUUAUAUUGAUGGGUGCCCUAGCAGUUUUUUACUGUUGGGAGAGAUCUUGCUCUCCUCGAGCGGUAGAAGCGGCGGCUUUCUAUCCGCUCCGGGAUUUUCAGAGGCAACCCGACUAUACCAGACCUGCAGACAUAGCUGUAGCAGGAUUAUACAACAUGAACAACAAAGGCAAGAAUGAAUCAAGAGAUUUCCAACGACCUCAUUCAAAUCGGCACCGAAGAGAUGACCGCCGACGAUCUCACAAAGGGUCUUUUAUCCAUCAAACACGCCAAAUUCCUGUCACAAUUGGGUGUGACCGCCCUCAAGGAAUGGCCACAGUAGUGACUACAGCGGCGAUGCCCGAGGCGACGAUCCGGCCGAUGAGGCACACGAUAACUCACAAAGUCACAAUCUUAAACGCACCAAAAGACCGACUUUUAAGCCCUUGCCAGAGCUGUUCCUUUGCGACCAAAAAUGCGAUAAAAAGGCCCGAUCGUUGAAAUUACGAAUUGUCCGCAAAAAUCUCGGCUAAUUUGAUUGGACCGGAAUUGUCCGGCAGAUCCUCGGAGGAGUCGAAUUGUCCG